AAUCCUUCGUGCUGAAGAUAAUAAGUACGGUGGAAAGACAGUAAAUAACGUCGUACCAUCGUACAAACAACUUGUUGCGAUUCUAGAAUUUCGUGACCGAUUCAAUUUUUCUUGUUCCAACACGUUUCAGUUGGAGAACAACAAGUAGCUCAAAAUGUCUGGAAAGUGGGAUCCCCUCACUGAUAUGCCCAACCUCGAGGGUAAAGUAGUUGUUGUCACCGGCGGGAAUGCAGGCAUUGGCUUGUCAACCGUCAAGUACCUCGCCCUUCGAGGUGCCAAGGUUUACUUCACAGCAAGAUCAAAGACCAAAGCCGAUGAGACUCGCACCGUGCUGACGACCGAAAACCCUGCGAUAAACGCCGCCAACCUGCAUUGGCUUCCCUUGGACUUGGCAGACUUGAAGUUGGUCGCCUCCGCAGUUGAAGAGCUGAAGAGCAAGGAAUCUAGGGUAGACAUUCUAGUAAACAAUGCCGGUCUAGCCUCCGGCACGACGGAGACGAUGGGUCCCGGGUGGGAAUGGCACAUGGGGGUCAACCACGUCGGGCACUUUGUUUUCACCAAUGGCAUGCUGCCGCUUCUCAAGGAAGCUACAAAACAACCUGGGGCCGACGUCCGCAUCAUCACCCUCAGCUCCAACGUCAACUAUGCCAUGCUGCCAUCCAACUACAGAUUCACCUUCGAUUCCGCGUCGUUCCUGACGAAGCCUGUGCCUUACUACCCGUGGCAAUGGCGUUAUAUCGUGAGCCGUAUAUUCGUGGUCGACAUGAUCCGUUAUGCCGUCUCCAAAGUCGCCAAUCUGCUCUUCGCCCAAGAGUUGCAGCGACUUCUGGAUGAGCAAGGCCUUCCGAUCCUGUCCAUGUCAGUGCAUCCGGGUGGCGUGGCCAGUCCAGGUAGCAAGGACAUUGGAAAUGCCCUCUUUUCGUUCGUCAGAUCAGCGGCCUUCCUCACGGUCGACCAGGGCGCCAUCACGUCCGUCUUCGCGGCCACUGCCACCGAGGUUCGCGAGAACGCAGACAAGUAUAAGGGUAAGUACUUGGAGCCGUUUGGCAAGAUCGUAACCCCCAAUCCAGUCGCCAAGGACUAUAAGCAGGUGAAGGGCAUGUGGGAGCACACCACAGUCGAAGCAAACAAGUACUUGUCGACUCUUGGCCUUGCACCUCUUCAAGAAUGGUAGUCUCAACGAUCAAUUGGUGGCAGACGAGACUUGUCCAGGUCUCAACACAGAUGUUCCAUCCACCCUACUCCAGAUGUACACGAUCAAUCAUACAGAAGACGAUAACAUAACAAGCUUUCAUUCGAAUCCCUUACGAAGAAUACCAUUGAUCCACAGCCUGCGUUUAUGUGGAUGAGAUAUAGUCGUCUGAAGAGGUGUGAGGAUGGUUGAGAAUACCUCAAAGGAACCAAAACGCGCACCAAUUCUUCAGAAAUGAAUUUCAGGGACACUUAACCCCAUCACGGGAGCUUCAGAGAGAGAUAAUGAAUUUCGCAGCCUCUAGUAAUAAUUACAUGACGUUUCACUAAGGAUGAUCUCCCGGGAUGACCAUAAUCUUACGGCAGGAUGCAUGCUUAGCACUGGG